GGGAGAGCAACUUCGUGGUCCGGUGCGGCGGACGCUUGGGCUGUAGGUAUAUAUAGCGUAUAGGUGUAGAUGUUCAUAUACUCGAUCGAUCGUCAGAUGCGGUCAGCAGAUAUAUUCGUGAAUUCGCCAAAUCGUCAGUCGCGUACACGCCGCCGUCCAACGAACAUCUUGUGAUUAUUUAUAUAUUCUCAUGUGCGCCUACUAAUACGAAGUAGGGCGUGCAAAACAGCCGUGAAACCUCGACGCGUCGAUUAUUCGGCCCAAAUGCUGCUGCUACCUAGAGGUGCGGAUCUAGCUCGUAGCAAUAACAACAGCAUCAUCGGUAGCAGAUAUUUUGCACCAACGGGCACCAGACGAUGACUGUUACUCAGCCGCAGUCGACUUCGCCGACCUGCUCCAUUGCUGCUCCAGGUGACGGCGCUCCGACAAUUAUGAGGACGAAGCUUCGCCACAAAAUAAGGGGAGCCUGGACGCUCGUUUUAGUGCUACUCUGUUGUUGCUUGAUCGAUCUGAGGCUCGCCCAUGCUGCCCAGACGGGGGGCCAUUGCGUUUGGCGCGGCGAGUGCUACGAGGAUCCGAGCUCCAAGCACAAGAAGAACUGCCCGUACGAUGGCCCGGCCCAACCGCUGGACGCCCAAGGACAGGAGAUUUUCAAGAAGCACUGCCCGCACAUGCUCCUACCCAACGGGGAUGUUCCCAACACGUGCUGUGAUACCAACCAGCUGAAUACCUUUAGUGCCAACAUCGGCAUGGCCUCGGGUAUUCUGCAGAGAUGCCCGAGCUGCAUGAGCAACUUUGAGAAGCACAUUUGCGAGUUCACCUGCAGCCCCCACCAAUCGAACUUCAUCAACGUUACAUCCGUCAAAACAGCUAACGGUAAGGCCUACAUCGACGGUGUGGCAGUGUUUUUCACGACAAAGUACCUCAACGGCACCUACGAGUCAUGCAGCAGAGUAUCGGUACCAAACACCGGCCAAUUGGCAAUGGACCUCAUGUGCGGGGAGUACGGAGCGAGUCGCUGUUCGCCGGAAAAGUGGUUCUUCAACAUGGGUGACAGCAAAAACCCAUACGUACCCUUCCAGAUCGACUACGUCUCGAGCGACGGGCCCAUAGGUCGAUUCCAGCCACUCGAUCCCAAAGUUACGCCUUGCAACGAGUCUCUGAACGCUAAAUCACCGGCCUGCAGUUGCGUCGAUUGCGAGGACAGUUGUCCAGCUCCCCCACCGAUGCCUCCACCGCCUCAACCUUUCACGAUCGCCGGUCAGGACGGCUACGUCCUUGUCAUGCUCAUCGUCUUUAUCUGCGGCACCGCGACCUUUGUCAUGUCCCUGGUUUGCUUCAGCAAUCGCAAGGAGAUCGGUGUGGUCUCGGGCGAGGAGGUGCCGAGGAACCUGCAGCAGGAGGACGAGCACGCGACCUUCAUCGAGCGCCUCGGAGCCAACACCGACAAGUUCCUUCAGAACUUUUUCUGCCGCUGGGGCACCGUAUGCGCGAGCCAGCCACGGGCAGUGCUGUUUGGAGGCUUCAUGUUCAUCGUCCUCGCGACUCUGGGGAUCAAAGAUCUGCACGUGAACACGGAUCCGGUCGAACUUUGGGCCUCACCGAAUUCGAGAUCGCGCCUCGAAAAAAAUUACUUCGACAGUCACUUUGAUCCGUUUUACAGGAUCGAGCAGAUCAUCAUCACGUCCAUCAACCUCCCACCGAUCGAGCACAACACGUCCAACGGAAAAAUUACGUUUGGUCCAGUGUUCAACGUCGACUUUCUAAAGACUGUACUGGAACUUCAGGAGGGCAUCAAAUCCAUCAUCACCCCGAACAACUACACCCUCGCUGAUAUUUGUUUCGCGCCUCUGUCGGCCACCUACACGGGACCCGUUACCACUUCACAGUGUGCCAUACAGAGCAUUUGGGGCUACUAUCAGGAUAACCUUGAAAAAUUCGAAUCGUCCACAAAGGACGCCAACAACUUUACCGUCAACUAUCUCGAUACUUUUACGGCUUGUUCUCACAAUCCCUUCAAUUAUAACUGUCUGGCCAAGUACGGAGGCCCCGUUCAACCGGCGAUUGCCGUCGGUGGUUUCAUACAGCCCGGACAGAAUCCCGAGAAGCUGCCUUAUGAGAACGCCACAGCCAUCAUUCUCACCAUUCUCGUCAACAACAAGCACAACAAGUCCGAGUUAGUACCGGCCAUGGAGUGGGAGCAAAGCUACGUUGAUUUCAUGAAAAACUGGAUUGCCACGAAAAAGCCGGCGUACAUGGACAUUGCGUUCAAGUCGGAAAGAUCCAUCGAGGACGAACUAGACCGGGAAUCUCGGUCCGACGUCCUGACGAUCUUGGUCUCCUACAUCAUCAUGUUCGCCUACAUAGCGAUAUCCCUCGGACAGAUAAAAUCCUGUGGCACGCUUCUUAUGGAUUCCAAAAUCACCCUGGGUCUCGGCGGUGUGUUGAUCGUGCUAGCUUCGGUACUGUGCUCCAUCGGUAUAUUCAGCUUCGUGGGUCUGCCGGCAACCCUCAUCAUCAUCGAGGUCAUCCCCUUCCUCGUCUUGGCCGUCGGUGUUGACAACAUAUUCAUUCUCGUACAAACUCAUCAGCGGGAAGUUAAACGACCAAACGAAUCUGUGCCCGAGCACAUUGGCCGCGUACUUGGCCAAGUUGGGCCUAGCAUACUGCUUACGAGUCUCUCCGAGAGCUGCUGCUUUUUCCUUGGUGGACUCUCGGACAUGCCGGCUGUCAAAGCGUUUGCUCUGUACGCCGGUUUGGCUUUACUGGUGGACUUUGUGCUGCAAAUCACGUGUUUCGUUAGUUUGCUUGCUCUGGAUACCAUCAGACAAGCCGAAAAUAGAUUAGACAUAUUCUGUUUCAUACAAACUUCGAAAAAGGAUAACAACGAAGAGGUGAUCGACGGUGUUUUGUAUAAAAUUUUCAAGGCUGCCUAUGUUCCACUUUUGAUGAAAAAGUGGGUACGAGCUGGAGUGAUAGUGGUCUUCUUUGGAUGGCUGUGUACUAGUUUGGCUGUCAUACCGCACGUGGAGAUCGGUCUCGACCAAGAGCUAUCCAUGCCCGAGGACAGUUACGUUUUAAAAUACUUCAAAUAUUUGAAUACAUAUUUAUCGAUCGGCCCGCCAGUGUAUUUUGUUGUCAAACAAGGCUUAAACUACUCAGACCUGAGGGUGCAGAAUUUAUUAUGCAGCGCACAAUAUUGCCACCCUGAUUCAGUCCCUUCUCAGAUUUUCUCUGCUUCAAAACAGUCAGACAGAACGUUCGUCACAAAGCCCGUAUUUUCCUGGCUGGAUGAUUAUUUCGAUUGGACAAACCUAGCCGAGUCUUGUUGUAAAUAUAACGAGACGGAUGGAUCGUUUUGUCCUCACACAAGUUACGAAGAUGAAUGUGCGACGUGCAAAAUAAGUCUUAAUGAAUACAACCGUCCAAAUGUGAGCGAAUUUGAGAGAUACGUGUCUUUUUUCCUGCAAGACAAUCCGGACGCCGCUUGUACCAAGGGUGGCCACGCAAGCUACAGUCACAGCGUAAACUACUACACAAAUUCAAGCUCCCGGCGAUCGAAAGUCGGGGCCUCCAAUUUUAUGGCUUACCACACGAUUCUCAAAACCUCGUAUGAUUACUACGAGGCGAUGAGGCAAGCGAGAACUGUUGCGGAUAACAUAACGCGGACUAUCAAUACAAAUCUACGCGAAUGGGGUUACGAAAGUGGUGACCAACAAGUCGAAGUUUUUCCGUACAGUGUUUUCUACGUUUUUUACGAACAGUACUUAACGAUGUGGCCCGACACUCUCAAGAGCAUCGGCAUAUCGAUAUUCGCGAUUUUCGCCGUCACGUUUUUCUUCAUGGGCUUUGACAUAUUCUCGUCGAUCGUCGUUAUUAUCACAAUUUCUAUGAUUAUCAUCAAUAUCGGAGGACUAAUGUACUGGUGGCAUAUAACACUUAAUGCUGUGUCUUUGGUGAACCUCGUUAUGGCAGUGGGAAUUUCCGUAGAGUUUUGUAGUCACUUGGUACACUCGUUUGCGGUCUCCGUGCAACCGACAAGAGUUGAAAGAGUCGGUGAUGCUUUGGCAAACAUGGGAAGUUCGAUAUUCAGUGGAAUCACACUGACCAAAUUCGGUGGUAUUAUUGUGCUUGGCUUCGCAAAAAAUCAAAUUUUCAAAGUAUUUUACUUUAGGAUGUAUUUAGGAAUAGUACUUUUUGGAGCAGCUCACGGUCUCAUAUUCUUACCUGUUCUUCUGAGUUACAUAGACGUGAUGUCAAGCCGACGUAGACGGCGAAUCGAACAACUCGAGCAUCCGAGACAAGAGGAGGAGGAGGAGGAACCCGAGCCGCAGCACAUCGAAGACGAUGAGCCUACAGCGACGACAACUGUCGAUAGACGAGCUAUUGACAACUCGGUCGCGCCUUUGCUCCACAGCAAUAACAACCCACAGGCCUCCACUUCCUACUCUAGUAUGAAUAACGCUAGCGAUGUAACAUUCCAUGACACCGCGUAAUAUAACGAAACAAGGAUUAAACAAAACAAUAUAAAAAAAACAACUAACAAAAACUUUCACUAUGGAAAUUGUUACAUAUCAUUCUAAAAUUUAAUUCCCUCGAACAAGGGAGUUAUCGUGGGUGUGCGUGCAAAUCACUGGCUUUUGUGGCGUUUGUAAAGAAAGCAAAAGUAAACUGGUUUAUUUUUACGUAAAUAUAUUAUACAUAUACGCGUGAUCCAAGGUACUUGUACAAGGAUGUUAUUUUUUAUGCCAGAGAGGAUAUAUAUACAUAUACGUAGAUAUACUUUUAUGGUGCUGAUAUAAACACAUGUGCAUGUAUUUUGACAAGUGCAGUUUUAUACAAGUGCGUAGUAUAAUUGACUCACGGAGCUGCAUUUUCGAUUGCGAACGUAUACAAUUCCUACAGCCUAUCAAAGUUUGAUUAAUUUUUCAAGUUUUUCUUCUUUUCUAUUUUUUUUUGUUU